GGCCGCAUUCGUUUGCUUUCAACGCACGAAUCUGAGCAACCAGUAUGACCAGGUUCAUGUUUUCCAAGCACAAACAUAGCACCAACAGUGCCCAGCCCGAAGUAUGCCCUUGGAAGUGGUAAACGAACAGACCGGCGGCAGAACUCAUUACCCAGUCCUCACAUCUCGAUCAGCAAAUGAGCAGUGUUGGCGUCAACAAAAAAGGCAAGGGAAUUCAUAGAGGUCGACCUGCCCAAAUCGGGCUUCCUCCUCCUCCUCCUCCUCCUUCUUCUUCCUCCUCCUCCUCCUCCUUCUCCUCCUCCUCCUUGAAAAUUUCUUCUUCCUCCGCCCCCUCCUCCUCUUCUUCUAUUGCUGCUGCUGCUGCUGCUGGUGUCCGUGGAACGGAGAUAUCGGGAUCUGGGUCCGCACUGAAGACUGAAGAGAAGGUGAAGCAGGCGAGAAUGGAGUACGCGGGCACAUCAAGCGAUGGAGCGCCGAUGGCAUCGACCUCUCUGUCCCCUUUUAGUGCGGCGCGAUCGCAUGAAAUGAAUCAAUUUUAUAUGGAGCGCUUCGAGGAGGCAAUGAAUGCUCUCAGGAUUGGAAACACCAAUUCAGACAGCAGGAAGUCCCUGCCAAACAGCACUGACGCCAGCAGCGGUGCUGCACAGCAGCCAAGGGCCACACAAGGUGCGCGGGAUGAAGGCAAACGCAAGGGUUCUGGAUCAGAGACAGAGACCAAGGAUAAUGACAGAAUCGGUAGCCGAACUAGUAAUACCAGCCUGAGGGGUAAUGAUGUUGAGCUAAACCGAGCGAACAGCAUUACGGCCUGCUCCCUGUCAGAGAGCAGAGACGCUCUGACGGGUCAGCAUCAGCAGGGCAGCAUGCUGGGAAUUGCAGGCAAAGGGACAGCAAACGCUAAGGGUCGUCAGGACGACAGAAGUAGCCGGAACAUCGAUGGGACUGUAGUUGGGAAGAAGAUGCAGCCAAGCGCAACGCAAAAAAGGCUUUCGCUGGAAAAGAUGGCGAGGGAAGCGUCACGCAGCAUGGUCGAUCCACGGGUUGGCAAGAGUCUAACUCAAGGGCCGUUCGGGGCGGUAUCGAGUAGCAGCAGCAAUUCGUUCUCUGGCUCGGAGCCCUUCGACCGUAGUGCGGCUAGGAGAACUGGGCUAUGGCGGCAGUGGAGGGAAGGUCCGGUGGAUCCCACGGGAAGUUUGUUACAGGUGUCAGAACAACCUCUGUUGUGUAUGGCCAUGCAUGGGCGGGAGGUUGCCGUUGGGUCGUCUGACCACGCAAUUUACACCGUCAGUUUGGAGUCUUUGCCCCAGCCCGAGCAAGGUCGGACUCUUUACUCCCGAUCGUUUGGGCAUGCAGAAUGGGUCACUUGCCUGGCGUAUUUGCCAGAUGGUCGGCUCAUGAGCGGUGGAAUGGACAACAAGCUCUGCUUAUGGGAUAAGAGUGGGGUUCGAUGUCUGGACCUCUGCGGCCACACCGGAUCUGUUUCUGUCGUCUGCUCCAGCUCGGACGGCAAUGCUGCAGUGAGCGCCUCUUACGAUACCACCCUUCGAGUGUGGGAUGUGCGGCAAGGUUUCCGCGGCACCCGAACGAGGGAGGUCGCCUGCCUCUGUGGUCAUUCUUCUCCGGUUCUCGUCUUCUCCUGGGGCAAAGGCGGAGAGAUGGCAAGUGGGUCUAGAGACGGCUCGCUCGUCAUUUGGGACGGAGCAAAAGGGUCGGCGAUCUGGAACAUAACAGGAGCCCAUAAAGGUCAUUUGACAUCCUUGCUUUGGGUCGAGGAGAAACCCAAGGCAGCAGUGGGACCAGGAGAAACGGAUACUUCCCAAGAGGAGGACGGUGAUGGCUCCGGAAGGCUUCCCUGUGUCUUUAUCUCUGGAGGACAGGAUGGCAUGCUGCGUGUCUGGGAUAUUCGUGAGAAGCUGUGUGUUAAUGAAGUGCCAAUUCACAGGACUCCGACGGGAACAGGAGCAAUUUCCUGCAUGGCGGUUAGUAAGACCGCAGCGGGACCACUUUUGGUUACGGCGGGGGCUGACAGAAAGGUCAAGGUGUUGGAACCUCGGGCUAGUUUCAAAACUCUCCACAGCUUUGGAGAGCACCGCGACUUCAUCUAUUCGCUACACACUCGCAAUGGAUUAGCUUUCUCCGGAGCCGGUGACGGCAAUCUGAUCGUCCAUGACGUCAGUGCAGGUUGCAUGCUGUACGGACUGGGUGCGACCGCCAACGGAGCAGUUCGCUGUAUCGGCACGACAGAUACACGUCUUGUUGCUGCGGGAGACGAUGGACGAGUCAUGGUGUAUUCCUUCGCGUAGUCCUUUUUGUGGCAUCAAGACAAAUCGAAAAAGGGAUGCCUUCUUGACAUGGGAUUCGUAACAGAUUGCCAGGAAUCG